GCGAUUGCAGCCGAUUCCCCGCUCCGCGCUCGCGACUCUGGCACAUCACUCAUUUAGUGUUGUUUUGGUCUUGACCUAUCCUACUUACAAGCUCAUUUCUCUCAAACAAGAAAAUGGAAACAGCUAAUCAGAUUGUGUCACUUGGGACAUUCCAAUUGCUUAAAUUACCUUUGGGAUUUAUCCGCGUUCUGGAAUGGCUUUUUGCCAUCUUUGCAUUUGCAACAUGUGGAGGCUACUCUGGGCAACUGCGGGUUAGUGUGGACUGCAUCAACAAGUCCGACAGCAACCUCAGUAUUGGCAUCGACUUCGCUUACCCAUUCAGGUUGAACCGGGUGGAUUUUGACGUACCGAUGUGUGAGGGAAGGAGGCAAGAGCGGCUAUACCUGAUUGGAGACUUUUCCUCCUCUGCCGAGUUCUUCGUCACCAUCGCUGUGUUUUCAUUUCUGUACUCCCUGAUGGCCACUGUGGUCUACAUCUUUUUCCAGAACAAGUACCGCGAAAACAACCGUGGACCUCUCAUUGACUUCAUAGUGACGGUGGUGUUCUCAUUCAUGUGGCUGGUGAGCUCCUCUGCCUGGGCAAAAGGUCUUUCAGAUGUAAAGGCGGCAACUGAUCCAGAUGAGGUGGUUCUGCUCAUGUCUGCAUGUAAGGUGCAGACCAACAAGUGCAGCUCAGUUUAUGGACCCAGAUGGUCUGGCCUGAAUACAUCUGUGGUAUUCGGUUAUUUGAACUUCGUGCUUUGGGCUGGAAACAUCUGGUUUGUGUUUAAAGAGACUGGAUGGCACAAGGGAGGUGCAGUAAGAUACCCUGCCUCAUCCUCAGAAAAACAAGCCACGGCCUUCAACCAACAGGUCUACAAUCAGGGAAGCUUUGAUCAAUCAGGAGGUGCUUUUACUGGAACAGGGGAUUUCGCCCAAUCAGAGUACAGCCAGGUGGGAAAUUAUGGUGGGCCCAUCUCCUACACCAAUCAGUAACAACCUCUGCCUCUUUGUAAUCCCUUAAUACAGGGGACCCAUAUCUUAGGGCAAAGUUCAACACUGAGCACAUGAGAAGAAGGAAAAGAUUAGUUUAAUUGAUAGAUCAAUAAGCAUCCUUUAUUCCUGAUUAUAUAAAUAAAUAAAGGCUUGUUUGUCCAGAAUAUUAAUGUUUAUAAAACGAAUGACAAGGAUCUUCAUAUGUAUGGUUUUUUAAUUUAACUGUCUGUAAAUGUCACUGAAAUAUCACUUUACUGAACAAAAGUCAUUACAUCCAAAUGUGAGACGCAAUGCAAUAGUUCUUGCAAAGAACACUGCAAAUCCAUUGGUUUUAAUGGAAAUGGUGCUCCUGAAGGACGAGAAAUAAUGAAGAGUUUACAAAAGUGACAUAACAUAACUUAGACCAAACGUAUUAAGAGACACUCCAUAUGUAAUUUAAAUAGUGAUCCUGCUGGACCGUAUCUUUCCACAACUUUAAAAUGAUUCCUAUUCGUCAGAGCUUUUUCAAGUGUGUAGGCGCCCUUAGAAUCAACAUGAAUUGAUGUUUGCAACCUAAUUUACUUCCAGAAUGUGACAUAUUUGACAUAAUG